AUGCUGUCUCUAAAAAGCAACAGAAAGAUUCUGAAAAUGAAACUCUCUUGGCUCAUGAUCUGUGCUGAAAUACUAUUUUUGAAUCCAGUCACAGCUGACUGCAAUGUUACUUCUCAAACAGUCACAUGUGAUGAGUCUGGAAAGAAACUCCAUACUAUUCCCAAUAGUCUUUGGCAAAAUGUUACAAAAUUAAGCCUCAAAAAUAACAAUAUAACUUUAAACGAUAAUGACAAAAGGGUUCUUCAAAGGCAUACUAACCUCACUGAACUCUACUUGAAUAAAAAUCUAAUUACUGUACUAUAUAAUAACAGUUUCUGCAAUCUGGCAAAACUCAAAAUUCUAGAUAUCAGCAAUAAUUAUAUUACCACAGUACACCAAGCAGCAUUUGCAGGCUUGAAUCAGUUGUCAAAGUUGAAUCUAUUCCAUAACCACAUUACUCAAUUAGAUUCAGAUGUAUUUACAUCACUAAAGAUUCUGACAGUUUUGAAUUUACAGGAUAACCUAUUGAAAUCUUUCCAUAUAAAAUCAUCUUUUAAGUUGAUUACAAUCGUCUUAGCUGGAAAUCCAUGGAACUGUUCCUGUGACCUUCUUGAUCUACAGAAAUGGCUAACUACCUUCAAUGGGACAAUGGAAGAUGAAAACAACACUCUAUGUACAUUUCCAAACGCCCAGAAAAUGAUUUCUAUCAGGACUGCAGUUAUCCAAACAACAGACUGUGGUUUAAAAAAAAAUUCUUUAGAAACCACUGUAACUUCCACUUCUGCCAACAAGCUUAAAAGCUUUUCCUCCCUAACAUUUCUGUCUCCUUCAAACAACGUCACUGGAAACAAUGGAACGCGGGCAGAGUUACCACUUCUUGGCAAAAGUUGGACCUUCCUAGGGGGUGUCUUAGGGUUUGUCCUAAGUACUACACUCCUGAUUUUUACUGCUGUAAAAUGCCCAACAUGGUAUCGCUAUUUGAUCAGCUACAGUCACCGACGACUGGAAGAAAAUGACUGUGAUAUGUUUGAACAAGAGUUUUCGGCUGACAUGAAUUCUUUUCCCACUGCAUCAAGUACAAAUGAUGAACAUCCCAUAGUAAUAUUUGAGAAAACUCAUGCAUUUGUGCCUGAGGAAGAUGGAUUUAUUGAAGAUAAAUAUAUAGAUACUCAUGGAAUAUCUGAGGAGAGCUAAUUUCUUACGUAAUGGAUUAUCUGACUUUCAAGACUGUAGUAAUCU